CAUCAUUUAAAAAUCCACUAGAUGGCGUAAGAAAAUAAGAAAUAGAAACCCACAUUCCCGGCAGCAUGGCGGCUGUGAGUACCAACUAAAUUCCGUUGGCCUUGUUUUUAUUUAUUGAAGUGGAUUAGAUUGAACUAAGUUGAACAUAUUUGUUUAAAUAGUUGCAACUAAUCCAUACUAUUUGUAUAUUUAAAUAGAGGAACUAAGUUGUUUAGUUUUAUAAUUUUACGAUAGGCCUGAUCUUAUUUUUAGUCACUUAACUUAACAGAGACAGAGGCAAACGCCUAGCUAGGCUUAUUUUAUUUGCGCAAUACUCUAACUCUAAACAGAAGUUUCGUUAAUUAAACACUUGCAAAUUGUAUUUAUCUAUCACCUAUUUUUUUAGCCAACAGUCGAGAAGGUUCAAGAAAUCAGAGAAGUUACCAGAAUAGAGCGUAUAGGUACGUGAAGGUAGAGAACUGAUUGUUUGGCUGUUGCCAUGGAAAUAAAAGCUGAAAAAUAUCUUUAAUAAUAAUACUACUAUCAUGUCUUGUAUGCAAUUUAAAAAACGUAUGUAAGUAUUGUUAGUGAAGGAGUGAUUUUACUAUGCUUAAGUCUAUGGUCUUUCUAAAUUGGGAAAUUUUUCUUUAACUAGGUCAACUUCAAAUAAAUUAAACUGUUUUUCAGGUGCUCACUCACACAUCAGAGGAUUGGGUCUUGAUGAUGCACUCGAAGCAAGACAAGUUUCUCAGGGGAUGGUGGGGCAGGUUAAGGCCAGAAAGGCAGCUGGAGUAAUCUUGGAAAUAAUAAAAGUUUGUUUACUUUCUCUUGACACUUCAAAAUUGCUCCACCCAAACUUAAUUUAUUUAGGCCAAUACAAUUGUGUAAAUAUAUGUCCUUAGACUUAGACAGAAAUCUUAAAUAUGUUAUAUUGCUAUAAAUCAUACAUGAUUAUCAAGGGGUAACUAUAAGAUUUUUCUGUGACUUUUUUAAACACCCUGUUUAAUCUUUGCAUUUCAUUGCCAAAACUUGAGCUGACUUUCCAAUUUUAUGAAUUUUUUUUUACCACAACUUUUUUUAUUUUAAAAGAUAAUGGUACUAAUUCUUCAAAGCGUUACACAAUACAAUAAACGUCAAAGGAUUUAAGUGGCUUGAAGAUUGAUUAUUUUGCAUAAUUAUACUUGUGGGAAACUUGAUGAAAUCCUGAAAAUAAGAAUGACUAAAACUAUUAAAACUUAUUUAUAAAGACAAUAGCCACACAAAAAACACAUGAAUCUUUAUCUUGAUAAAUUUCACAAACUCUUCUUUAUAAUCAUGUCUCCAUAAAAUAAGUUAACCAUCUUUGUUUGGCAGACAAUGAAAGUCCCUUUAUUUUUGUUCUGCAAGACACUAUUUUUAAAUGCUGUACCAGGGAGAAGACUAUAAAAUAGAGACUGACAGAAUUUGGCUUUCGGCACCGAAAGUUGCAAAUUGAUCACUUUUGACGUAGUUUCGGAUGAAACAGAUUAGUUAACUUAAUGUUUAUUAUUUUAAGAGACAUGGUUAGAAAAAAUAUUUCUCCCCUCCAUUGGGGGGGGGUGGGGUAGUUGGACGCCGAACGAACUAAAUACACAACCUUCACGGAAAGACUACAGCGGGUUGGGACUAGGCUAAUCAGAUUAGUUAACUUAAUGUUUAUUAUUUUAAGAGACAUGGUUAGAAAAAAUAUUUCUCCCCUCCAUUGGGGGGGGGGGGGUAGUUGGACGCCGAACGAAAUAAAUACACAACCUUCACGGAAAGACUACAGCGGGUUGUGACUAGGCUAAAUAUUACUACAGCUGCUUAUGAAAUAACCGCGAAAAAUUAUGUUUGUUUGUUUUUUUUGGCUUCAUAUGCCUUAUAAGAAAUCAUGGAUUUAACAGAUUUUUAGCUGAAAUUUGGCACUGUUAGGAUAAUUAUUGUAGAAUUUAUGCAUAAUUGUACACACAUUCUGGAGGGCGGCCAUAAGCAUCCUCAGUUGGUAUACAUAAUAUAUGGAUUGCCCCUUAUUUUGGGAGGGGGUGUGAUAAUAUGUUAUUUUUUGAGUACAUUAUAUAUAGAUGUCCUACUAUCUAUUCACAUUUGGCUACAUUGACGGCUAUGUACGUGUACAUUGCAUGGAUGAUUUAAAUGUUAAUGUUGGCGUUGAAUCGGCUCUCUUUUUUCAAGGAUUAUGUCUGGGCAUUUUUAAAGGCCCAUACAAUGAAAAAAUUAUAGGCUAAACUUUCCAUCAAUGCCAAAUAUGUCUAGGAAGCGUUGUAAUUAUAUUAUAAAAGCAAUAGACACCCAAGGAUCUAUUUUGCAUGAAUGUAGCCGAAGGUAAUUUUAACUUUUGGAAUGGUUUCGGUUUCUGCAGAAAUCAGAAAAAUCACUUACAGUCAGAAUCUAUAUUGACUCUGUAUCAUUUCAAUUAUUUCAUUCUAAUCUGUGCCUUUAGCCCUAAUGCUAGUAGUGACUAUACAAUGAUUACAAGUUUCUUUUAGCAAAAUAAAUUACUGUAUUUAUAAUACUUAAAUAUUUUAUUUAAAUUUUUGUAAGUAAUUCACAAUAAAAUAAACAAGAAUCUAAGUAAUAUUUAAUGCAGAAUGUCUGACAAAGUAAUUUAAAAUGAAUAAAAUGAAAUUAGCAACCUUUUAAUUACCUGUAGAUCUCAAUUAUAUAACGGGAUAAGUAAUAGAUUUACAUUAAAAGUAAUUAUUUUUAUUAAUCUGCUUUGAUACAAUUAAAUUGUUUUUAAAUUGUAAAUUAGAUUGCAAAUUAAUUACAAAUCUAUUUCAAAACAUUAAUUAAAGCUAUCGACUAUCAAGAGCUGUUCCGUCAACACUGACUGAAAGGGGAAAAUAUCCGAAGGCGAAAUAGGAUUUUGGGAGUGGGGUCACCCUUUUUAGGGCUUGCAUUUUGAUUUCUUGAGUGAAGCCUCAUUAUCUAUAUUAAGUUCUAAAAUUCAAGCAAUGGAUAAGGUUUUUGUAGAUUAGGGUCAUUUAGCUGUCAGAUUUCUAAAAAAAACUAUUAAAUUUUAAGCUUUAACACAUGGUCAGCUUAUGGCAAACGGCUUGUGAUUAGCUGCAUCAUUUGGUAAUGAAAUUUAUAGUGCUGUGUGCAGAAACCAUCAAUAUGACACAGAUGACGAACAACACUGUUUAUUUUUUCAAAUUUUGUUGCCAGAGGCUAUUUACCGAUGUUAACGAAUCCAUUCUUUUAAAAGUGGGUCACAAGUUUUUGUGUUUUUUACAACAUGCGCAGAACAAUACAUGAAAGAAUAUCGAUAUGUUUUAUAAAUAAUUAUAAUAAAAGUGUUUUCAAUUAUUAUUUCACUUACAAAAAAACUUUGUUACUGAAAGGAAAUUCAGUGUGUCAUUUGCAUUCCCUUACUAUGUCUAUUUUUUCAGGAGGGUAAAAUAGCUGGCAGAGGCAUUCUUAUUGCAGGCCAGCCUGGCACUGGAAAAACAGCCAUUGCAAUGGGUAAGUAGACAAUAAAAAAUUUAAUUAAUGUAGUAACUGUACUUUUAAUUUAUUGCUUUUUUAACCAUUAGAAUGAGGCAUUUUUCAGCAGAUAGUGAAUUGUUUGAUUUCAAGCUUUACCAGACUUUAUAUAUUCAACCCAGCUAUUCAGAGUUGAGGUACGAAAAUGAGUUUUUAAAUAACAGUGGUCCUUUUAUUACCUAACUUUCAAGCAUUUGUUUUCAAAUUUCAAUAAUUUAAUGGAAAAACUUCUGCUUUUGCAGCCUUUUUCUUAGUUUCCUUAAUUAAUCACAAGCUAUUUUUGUAACUGGAACUGAAUUAAUUCCGACCUUAGAAAGUCUUAUUUGAAAUAUGCUGUUUAAAAUAAAGCUGUAAAUGCUAAUGUAAUAUUUCCAAUGAUUGAUCAAAGUUUGCUGCAAAAGGCUUAUAAAAAAACAUGUUUUAAAGCAGUGCUGUAUGCAGUUUCAAAUCAUUGACAGUAAAGCUGUCUUCAUUGGCUCAAUACUUUUACUAGUUUUACCAUUUAAGAUGGUAUCAUUUCCUCAUUUUUGCUGCAACUUGUCACAAAAGUGCCUUUCAUGUCUAAACAGCCUCGGUAGAAUGGUGCUGUGUUAACAGUGCUCUUUAGUUGGACAUUCGUGUUAUUUAUUUUAAAUAUUCUUCAUUUUAACCUCCAGGAAUGGCCCAAGCCUUAGGAACAGAUACACCAUUUACAAGUAUUGCAGGAAGUGAAAUAUUUUCUCUGGAAAUGAGCAAGACUGAAGCCCUGACACAAUCAUUCAGAAAAUCAAUAGGUGUUCGCAUUAAGUAAGUUGGUCAUGUCUCCGCACUAAGUGUAUAUUUAGACAAUGAACACAAUGGGGGUUGGAUUUGAUGUUUGAGAUGUGGAAUUAUGCUAUGGAAAAGACAACCAACCGAUAUUUUCUGAUUUAUUAUUUUUUUUCCUUUAGGGAAGAAACUGAAAUAAUUGAAGGAGAAAUUGUUGAAGUACAAAUUGACAGACCUGCUACCGGAACUGUAAGUUAGACAAUAAUUAGUUUUAACAUUGUGCUUUAGUUCGAUUUUUGGGAGUGAAAUAUUCUUGUUUAUACUUCAUUCAAGUGGGCUGUUUUUCGAGUUUUUUACAUAGCCUGUGGAAAUUAAUUCCAUAUCUGUAUAUAAUGGAAAAAAUAAUGUUCUGGUCUGCAGUUAGAUGUUUAACUAUUGUUUCACUAGUCAGACAACCCAUCCAACAUAUACUGUUUAUUUUUAAAAAAAUAUAUUUCAGGGAGCAAAAGUUGGAAAACUAACGUUAAAAACAACAGAGAUGGAAACUAUCUACCAACUAGGACAAAAGAUGAUUGAAUCUCUCACUAAGGAGAAGGCUCAAGCAGGGUACCUUAUUUUAUUAUUAUUAUUUUAUUGCCUCUAUAAUUUGACUGGAAUUUUUAAAAAUAUUUUUAAUGAAAUUUGAUUCUUUUGUCAAUGGGACCUUGUGUUUUGUCCCUUCUGAUAAAAUUCCCCAUAAAUCUCUAAAGAUAUUUGGUGUUAAACAUAUUAAAAUUUAGUAGCUUUGACUAUGAAUUCCAUUUUCAGAGACAUUGUUACCAUUGAUAAAGCUACUGGGAAAAUCACAAAGCUAGGUCGCUCUUUCACAAGGGCUAGAGACUAUGAUGCAAUGGGAGCACAGGUAUGCAAAAAAUAUUUUUUGAAUGAUUUCUUUUGUGGGAACACAUGUUAUUGAAAUGUUUUUGUUUUAGAUGUUACAUUAUAGGCCAUAAUUAUAAAUUUUUGUUAUGUUAGUUUAGUAAUAAAAAAUUUGGUUAAAAAAUCUUUCUCAGACCAAGUUUGUCCAGUGUCCAGAAGGGGAACUUCAAAAGAGGAAGGAAGUUGUACACACUGUGACUUUGCAUGAGAUUGAUGUCAUCAACAGCAGAACACAGGGAUUUUUGGCUUUGUUUUCAGGUAACCUAUCUCCAAGAAAAUAGAAUUAGUCAUCAAAUCAUAACCUUAAGAAAAUUGUUAUGGUUAAUUCUGGGAAUAAUCUAAAAAAUGUUUUUUAUAUUUAUAUUUUAGGUGACACCGGGGAAAUUAAAUCUGAGGUCAGAGAGCAGAUCAAUUCCAAAGUUGCAGAAUGGAGAGAGGAAGGCAAAGCAGAGAUUGUGCCAGGUGUAAGUGUAUUCAUUGAGAGACAUACAUCUUCUGUGGCUUAACUGCCCUUCAUCAUCAUCAUCAUGUCCCUUAGUUCUUGGACUGUUAGGGCGCCACCGAUGACAUGUGAACUAUCCUCCUCCAUUUGUCUCUGUCUUCUGCACUAUGCACAGCAUGGCCCAGUGUUAGUCCUGUCCACUCUUUGAUGUUAUCCUCCCAUCUUUGUCUUCCUCUUCUUCUCCGUCCUCUUGUGGUGCCCUGCAAUAUUUCUUUGGCAAGCCCUUGUUUCCUUGUUACGUGGCCACACCAUUGUAGUUUGCGUUUUUUCACAAUCACCAGUAGGUCAUCGUACUCCCCAAUUGCUUGGCGAACCCUUUCUUUCACUGUAUCAUUGGAGAUAUGGUCCCUAUACCAGAUGCCAAAAAUGCUUCUGAAGCAUCUCAUCUCCAUCGCCUUUAUUUUCCUUUCAAGAUCUGCUGUUAAUGUCCAGGAUUCGCAGGCAUACAGGAAAAUGGAGAGGACUAAUGAGCGCAUCAGCCUGAUUUUGGUGCUGGGGGCUAUAUUUUUGUCAUUCCAUAUUUUCUUGAGCCUCUUUAGUGCUCUUGUAGUCUGUGCAAUCCUGGACAUAAUAAUAAUAAUAAAGAUUAUUUCAAAAUCACGCCGAAAGGCUCAAAGCACGGUACAAAGUCAACCACAUCUAUAAUUUAAAAACUAAUCACAAGCAUCAGUUCGGGCUUGGGGCCUUCUUCUGAGACUAUUGCUCCUAGGUAUUUGAAACCGCCUACAGUCUGCCCUUAAAGGAAUUCAAAGAUUAUUGUGUUAACAUUCUACUUUCAUUACAUUGUUAACGCUACAUGUACUAAUUUAUAGAUAUUUUUAAAGAUCGUGUCGUUUUAAAUUUAAUUUUCUCUAUAAUUUCAAGUUAAUGGCUUCAUUAUAACUUGAUCUUACCAUGUUGGAAGAAUAAUGUUGAGAGAUAUCCUCUUUGUAACAGGUCCUGUUUAUUGAUGAAGUGCACAUGUUAGAUAUUGAGUGUUUUUCUUUUCUCAACCGAGCUUUGGAGUCUGACAUGGCACCCAUUCUUAUCAUGGCAACAAACAGGGGAAUAACAAGGUAGGAAAUCAUGGGAGAUGCAGACCUUGUUACUCCUGGGCUUAACCACUUCGCUACCGAUGACAUCUACGUGACGUCACGGUCACCCACUUUCAAUGACCAAGGAUGUCACAUUGUCGUCAUAACAAAAAGUUAAAGAACCUAUGUUUAUUUCUUAAUGAUACGUCAUAGUAAUUGAGAUGCUUAAGUACUAUUCUGAAAUGAUAUUUUUUGAGUUGCAGAGUAAUGAUGUCUGGAGAUAGCCUUUUUCUUAUUGUCUCUAAAAUGAAAUCCUAAUGUUACAUUAUAAUUAUAUGUGGGAAUUCAUUGUCUUUAUUAAUAAAUUAUAAGUUAUAACAGUUUGUUCACAAUUUAUUUUGAAAGAUUAAAAUUGCCAUUAAAUUAUAUUUUUUUUAGAAUAAGAGGCACGCAUUACACAAGUCCUCAUGGAAUCCCCAUUGACCUGCUUGACAGAUUAGUCAUUAUCUCUACUAGUCCAUAUGAAGAGAAAGAAAUAAAGCAAAUCUUGAAAAUAAGGUACGUUAUUGAUUAUAAUUAAAAAAAAAAAAAAAUUUGUCAUUUUAUUCUUAUGUUCAUUACAUGGCUACAGUUAAGAAUGUUUUUUCCUCAUUCUGCAGGUGUGAAGAAGAAGAUGUCGAGAUGAGUGAUGAUGCCCUGACAGUACUAACACGUAUUGGUAUGGAAACCAGUUUGAGGUACUCCAUUCAGCUUAUCACUGCUGCUAAUUUGGUCUGCAGGAAACGAAAGGUGAGGAUAUACUAUAUUGUUUAAAAUUGAAUUGUUUAUAACUAUGCAUAAAAUUCCUUUGGUUUUUAUCAAAUUUAUAUGAAUACUAAUGUGAUGCUAUUUGUGCAGGGCACUGAAGUGGACGUCGAUGAUAUUAAGAGAGUGUACACAUUAUUUUUGGAUGAGUCUAGAUCAACACAGUUCCUUAAAGAAUACCAACAGGAGUUUAUGUUUAAUGAAAGUAAGUCCUUAUAAAUUAAUUGUAACUUGUAGCCCUACAAUUCUUAUUCCCACAGCAAAGCAAGGGAGUAUACCACAAUCUCAGUUGAAAUCAAAAUGUUUAACUUUAAAAUUUCAUGACGUUCACUGGAGAAAUUUUUUUAAACACCCAUAGGACAUCAGUCAUACUUUGGGUGGUAUUUUUUAAAAGGAUUGAUUAAUAUUAGAAGUCAUUUCUGUAUGUUAAAAAUAAAAUGUAUGUAUUUAUAAUUCAUAAUAAUCUUUGUUGUCCAAUAUAACUAACUUAGUUAGGGUUAUUUCCUCUUCAUCAAAUUUGAGGCGUUAUUUGAUUUCAUGUAUCUAAAAGGAAUGUUUUUAAAAACAAUUUUGUAAUCUUUUUCAGAUACAGAUGAAAUGGAAACAAGUUAGAUAAUGUAUUAUUUGUAUCAUUCACAUUUUUUUCCUUGACCCACAUUUUAACUGAUCUGAUGAGUUGUUUUUUAAAUAUCUAUGAGUUAACCAUAUCUCAUUCUCAAUAAUAAUAAGGUUAACCAUAUCUCAAUAAUAAUAAGGUUAACCAUUUAUUUGCUUAGAAAAGGUGUUUUCAUUUUUCUCUCUUGAAAUAAAAUUCAUUUAUACUAUUUUCA